CCCGGCACACCACAGGUGGGGGGAAGGUGCCGCGCUGAGCCUCCCUGAUUUCCUGGAGUCAGGUCCCACCCUGCAGAGGAUGGAAGUGGUCGGGGAGGCCGAGACUGAGACGCGGGCCCUGAAGCCGUGUCUGCUGCGCCGCAACCACAGCCGCGAGCAGCACGGCGUGGCGGCCUCCUGCCUCGAGGAGCUGAGGAGCAAGGCCUGUGACAUUCUGGCCAUUGAUAAGUCCCUGGCACCAGUCACCCUGGUCCUGGCAGAGGAUGGCACCAUUGUGGAUGAUGACGAUUACUUCCUGUGCCUACCUUCCAAUACUAAGUUUGUAGCGUUGGCCAAUAAUGAGAAGUGGGCAUACAGCAAUUCAGAUGGAGGCACAGCUUGGAUUUCCCAAGAGUCCUUUGAUGUGGAUGAAACAGACAGUGGGUCAGGGCUGAAGUGGAAGAAUGUGGCCAGGCAGCUGAAAGAAGAUCUGUCCAGCAUCAUCCUCCUGUCCGAAGAAGACCUCCAGGUGCUCAUUGACGUUCCAUGUUCAGACCUGGCUCAGGAACUAUGCCAAAGUUGCGUCACGGUGCAGGGGCUCCAGAACACCCUCCAGCAGGUACUUGACCAGAGGGAGGAAGCCCGACAGUCCAAGCAGCUCUUGGAGCUUUACCUCCAGGCUUUGGAGAAGGAGGGCAGCAUCUUGUCAAAGCAGCAAGAGGCCAGCGCUGGCUUCAGUGACAAGAUGGAUGCAGUGGACGCGGGGAGUAACCGCGAGAGCACCUCCAAAAUCACCCUUACCAGCCAGGUCCUUACUGCACUGAAGGAGAAGCCGGCCCCAGAGCUGAGUCUGUCUAGUCGGGAUUUGGAGUUGGUCACCAAGGAAGACCCCAAAGCGCUCGCUGUUGCCUUGAGCUGGGGCCUAAAGAAGACAGAAACGCUGCAGCAGGCCUGUCACCAGGAGCUCAGCCUGCGUCUCCAGCAGGUGCAGAGCCUGCGUUCUCUCCGGAGCGUGUCAGCAAGGAAGAGCUCACUGUCCGGAGAACCGCGGGAGCCCAAGCGAGCCAAACAAGAGCCCACAUAGCCGCCACUGGAAAGCCUGCGACCUUGUUCUUAUUCGCAGUAAAUACCGUCAGCCUAAUUCCCCAAGCUGUGGCCUUCCUACUGGCCUCCCUGCCUUACAGCAUGUUCUCCUGGAACAGGCUGGAAGACCAGCCUCCUGUCCCUUCCGGAAGAGCCCUGCCACCUGUUUUGAAUGACAAGGCUGCAUCAACAGUACCUCCCAUCUUCUGAUGACACCUUCUUAGGUUCUCCGUUUGAAAGAAAUUGUCAAGGACAGUGAAAAGAAAUUGUCGCAUUUCAGACUCACUGUCCUCGUUCUGAAGCCAGAACUGCAGAAUUUUAAACACAAGUGAUGGUUGAGAAGGUGACAGAACAGAGUUGAUGUAUAGCCACAAACUUAUGUCUCAAGUUAAUGAGUUUUUUGGUUUGUGUAAAGGCGCAUAUUAAGUUUGCAGACCACAGGGACAUAUGGAGAGUGUAAUUCGCCAUUUCUAAUUGUGAAAUUAUAUCUGUUACCACUGUGAGACUGUUUCCAGUUUUCUAAUAUGUUUUAUCAGUAGGGGGAUGAAAGGUCAUUAAAUUGAUCUCCAUGUGAUA